AGGAGGAGGCGGCGGCGGCGGCGUGGAUGCGUGUUUGGCAACAGCGGCCCCCCCAACAAACGCCCGAGGAGGAGGAGGAGGGAGGAGGAGGAGGAGGGGAAUCCGUACGGCAGGAACUUAUGGGAGAAUGAAGGAGAUGGUGGGCGGUUGCUGCGUUUGUUCCGACGAGCGGGGCUGGACCGAGAACCCCCUGGUGUAUUGCGACGGGCAUGGCUGUAACGUGGCCGUGCAUCAAGCGUGCUAUGGGAUUGUCCAGGUUCCCACUGGACCAUGGUUCUGUCGGAAAUGUGAAUCUCAGGAAAGGGCCGCCAGGGUGAGGUGUGAGCUGUGUCCCCAUAAAGAUGGAGCGCUGAAGCGGACUGACAAUGGAGGCUGGGCCCAUGUCGUCUGCGCUCUGUACAUCCCCGAGGUGCAGUUCGCGAAUGUCCUCACCAUGGAGCCAAUCGUCCUCCAGUAUGUUCCCCACGACCGGUUCAACAAGAUUUGUUACCUCUGCGAGGAGCAAGGUCGGGAGAGCAAAGCAGCCUCCGGAGCCUGUAUGACGUGCAACCGACACGGCUGUCGCCAAGCCUUCCACGUCACCUGUGCUCAGAUGGCUGGGCUCCUGUGCGAAGAAGAAGUCUUAGAAGUAGACAACGUGAAAUACUGUGGCUAUUGCAAGUACCACUUCAAUAAAAUGGGCCCAACUGAGAAGACGUCACGCCAUUCUGGAGGCGCCUCGCUCCUAGCCGGAAGGAGAAGCCGGUCAGCGUCGCCUGUCCAAGAGAAGCACACGUCUCACCAUGAGAAACCAAAGAAGAGCCGGAAGGACAAGGAAAGACCUAAACAGAAGCACAAGAAGCGUUCAGAAUCACCCACCAGUCUGACGCUGUCUUCCACGCCCGUUACCACCGAAAAGAACUCCACCAACCACCAUGAGAGCAGCAAAGAGACUGCCGAGGUCAUCAGGUCAGAGGUGAAAGGCAAAAAAUCUUCCAGCCAUGGCACCAGCCACAAGGCCAAGAAGUCAGGAAGUGGGAAAAGCUCUACUGCUUUCAGCUCAUCCUCAUCUAGUGGCUCAUUCCCACCUGCAGGUACUUCGUGCAGCUCCUUGCCCUUCUCCCAGGACUUUGUGACCUUCCCCAAGCUCGAGCAGCCGCCACCGCAGCCGCCUCCGCCCCCCGAGGAAGAGAAAUACCGUAAGCCCACCUCCUCCUCCUCCUCCUCUUCCGCCCACUGCUCCCCGUUGUACGAAGGGCAGAAAGGCGACGUCUUUGAGCAGAAAGUGAUCUUCUCGGGCUUCGGUUCCAUCAUGCGCUUUUCCACCACGGCCAUCAGCCAGCAGAGGGGCCGCGAUGCUUCUCCCGUGGACUACAAAGCCACGAACCCAAUAGUCACCCCCGCAGGGGGCGGCAGCAGCGGUGGCAACCACAAGCGGAUGCUGGCCCUCAACGUGGAAGAGGGGGAAGUCUUGAAGGAAAAAAAACACAAGGCCAGUAAGAAAAGCAAGCAUGGCCCAGGGAGGCCGAAAGGUAGCAAGAACAAGGAGGUCCCAGGAGCCCAACUGGUUGGAUCCACGGCAACCUCGUCUUCUCCCUUCUCCGGAGGGUCUCUGGUCAGCUCUAGUGUCGGUGGAUCCUCACGGUCCUUCAGCCAUGCAGCCAGCCUUCCGAGUCUCAGUCUGGAAUCCCCACUUCUGGGAUCAGGGAUCUACACGAGCAACAAGGACCCCAUUUCGCACGGAGGCGGGGUGCUCCGGACUGUGUGCAGCACCCCCCUCUCCUCCAGCCUAUUGGCUCACCAAGGCACUUCGUCCCUCCCCCAGCUCACCCGCUCUCCCUUCGCUAGCACCAUCCCAGCAGCCUCCUCUUCAUCCGUCUCCACAACCCAGGUGUUUUCGCUGGCGGGAUCUACAUUCAGCCUCCCCUCUUCGCACAUUUUUGGAAGCCCCCUCACCUCUGCGCUGUCCAUCAACCCCUUGCUGAACCAAACAGAAAACAACCGCCCAGAACCAGAUAUAGAAGACUGCAAUUUUGCUUGCCGAGGAUCAUCACCCCAAGAGAGUCUUUCGUCCAUGUCCCCCAUCAGUAGCCUCCCCACCCUCUUCGAUCAGGCAGUGUCGGCCAGCACCGGAGCGCUGGAGAACGUCCCUCAAGCCACUCCAAACAUUGAGCUGCUCCUGGAGAAACAGGGCAAUGGAGAGGCCGGUGUUAACAUUGUAGAAAUGCUGAAGGCUCUCCAUUCGCUGCAGAAAGAGAAUCAACGCCUGCAGGAGCAGAUUAUGACUUUGGCAGCCAAGAAGGAGCGCCUGCAGCUCCUCAACAUCCAACUCUCCGUCCCCUUCCCUGUGGUCACCGCCAGCAAUGGCCCAGCGGGCCAAGCACACUACAUCCUGGCCUCCAGCGCAUGCAACAAUGACUCUUUGAGCGCCAGCAAGAGUCCGCCCUGCAAGAAUAGUUUUGGCAUUGAGAAUUCGCUCUCCACUUCUUCUGAGGAUCCUCAUUCGGGCUGUCCAAGCCGAAGCAGCUCUUCCCUCUCCUUCCACAGCACGCCGCCUCCGCUGCCCUUGUUACAGCAGAGCUCCGCUUCCCUCUCGUUGACCACUGCGGUCCAGCAGCCACCGGUGAACGGUUUGACCAGGGCGGUGGGGGCCACCCCUGGAGGAGGUGCCCCAGCUAAUCACAGCCUAGUGGAAAGUCUGCUGGGGAACCUGGCUGGAGGGCAGCAGGUCCCUGUCAACGGUAUCCUGGGAGGGCUGAAUGGGGCGAUGGCAGCCCAGGCACAGAAUCCCCUCUUGGCACAGACCAGCGGUCCCCAAAACCUGCAGCUCACCACCAACCAAAACAGCAUCAGCCACCUGACAGAGCAUCAGCGGCAGCUCCUUAGCCAGCACGAAUUCCAACUACAGCAGCUGCAGCAGCUCCUCACAUCGCAACCCCUCAACCCGGAACAGCAAACCUUGGUGUUCCAGAUGAUACAGCAGAUCCAACAGAAGAGGGAGCUGCAGCGACUCCAGAUGGCGGGCUCCUCUCAGCUGCCCAUGGCUGGCCUCUUGCCGGUUACCUCAACAUCCCUCCUCCAUUCCAACAACGCUGCUCCAUCAGCAGUCAGCAAUACGCUCCUGGCCUCCAUCUCCCCUCAACAGCUCAAUCCCACCAGUUCCUUGAUGGCCUCCCCACCACUCAGCACCCCCAGCAACAGCCUGAUGUCAGCGGCCGCAGGGGCAACCAUCCCAUCUGUCCUUUCCACACAAACCAACCCUUUCCUGAACCUGCAGGGUGAAAGUGGCACUCAGAAGGGACUGAGUAUGAAUGAAAAGGGAGGUGGCCCCGUUCAAGACAAGGGCUAACGUUGGCAACCUGGGGGCUCCUUUCUGCUGUAGGAAAACAGUCUCUUCUCGAGCCACGGAUCGUGAACCAUAGAGCGGCCACAUGCAAGUCUUCUGAGCGCAUCUUCGUGCCAUGUUGUGGUGAUGCCAAGCAGAGGGCGUGAAGCAUCUGUGUUCCCUGGUUCUCAACCUGCUGUUCCAGCCCCUUUCAAAGAAGGCAGGUGAAGGAAACGUUCUUUGCUGGCUUUCUCUGAGACAUGCUGCACUUAUUUUGAACAAAGUUGCACUUCAGGGGAAGAGGAUGAAGGAGUCUGCUCGUUCUCAGAUGCUUGCAGGUCAGCCUUCAAGGGGAAGAGCUGCUCGCCAGACUAUAGCCGUGUUACCCUGGUGGUAAUGCUAGCUUUGCAGAGCAGGGCAUUUCUGAGCCGAGGCUAAGAAACCCAGCAAGUCGUUCAGAAGUGGGAAAAGUCCAGCCUCGGUGGAGUGGAAUGGGAUGGAGCUCUUGAAGUCUCAAUGACAGAAGAAAGCAAGAAUAGAAAGGAAGUCACUGGUGCCCCACAGGAAGCGCACAUCAAGACUUACACUUCUCCAGGGUCUUUGGAGCGCACUUGGAUAUGACUUCAGAGCAUUUUACUGGGGUGUGGUUCUGUUUGGGGCGUAGCAGGACAGCCAGUCUCACUGUGGCUAAGAAUAGUCACCUUGGUUCUCCCACAACUUCCUCAAUCACUGCAAGGGUCUCAUUCGGGAUCAGCCCAGAGGAAAUCCUCCGUAGCUUCCAUUUCACAUAGGGCUUUGCCACUUCCUUCUGGCACUUCGGGCAUGCAGGCUGCAGUUUAAGAAAGCAAGUACCAAUGCUUACCUGUGCUCACCUUCAGGUUGUUUUCCAGUCGCUCAAAUAGUUCUUUUCCUUCUCCAGUGAGCCAGCUGCUUAAAAACCAACCCCAGAGAGGCAGGACGGAGUCUUGUUCUAAAGCCUGGAGCUAUUCCUUUCAUCUCCCAAGUCUCUCCAAUCUAGUGAAGUCCACCCCUACUGAUGGUGCUAGAUCAAAUCAGGUCCUAGCUGCUGAGAGCGUUGGUCUUCCCAUCACCGCAAGCCCUGCCUGGCCUGUGUCUGUUUCGGAUGUCUCAGAAAAAAAGCACCGUCUCACUUCCACAGUUCCUUGAAGGAUAGGAUGAAAAGAAAUGGAAAUCAAGAUCAACUGUGCAGAGGGACCCCUCUAAAUUCAGAUCUCUUAAACGUCAAGUUGGUCUACUGCGGGACAACAAAAAACUCCAAAGUGUUCUAAAAAAAAUCUUUCAGUGCCUUGAUGUGAUGAUAUACAGGUCAGUAUGAAAAUUCUACCACGUCGCCUAUCUCAAAACUUCCAGUUUGCACUAUUCCAAUACAGUGGUGGUGCGUGUGUGCCGAUACCCCUGGGAAUGACCACUACUCUUCACCUUCGUCUGUUUUUGGUUUCCAGUUUUCCUUCUUUUUUUAUUUUCCUUUUGGGAAACAAAAGAUAAAGUAUCUGCCCCGUGGCUGAGUUGAACUUUUUAAAAAAGAAGGGGGGAAAUUCAGCUUUUCCAGAUUUCAUUAUCUUUUACUUUGUUUGGAGGGGUUCUUUUUUGGUCUUUUUCCAGACGAAUGUGUUGGACUCCAAGUUGUCUCUGUGUGUGUAGUUUAGGGUGGGUUUUUUAAAAAGUUGUUUAACAGGAAGCUACUGGAAACUGAUCAGAGCAGCCACGGUUCCUAACAGAAUCUAACAAGCACUGCCUUCUUUGCACCCAAUGCAACUCCAGCACAGAUAAGGAGCAGCUGCUAAAUGGAACGAUGCUGCAAUUUCUUCUUCAAUCUCACAUUUCAAAAAGCAAAACGCUCCUGACAGAGACGCAACCCUCCCUCGUCAUGGUGCACUUAUUCUUCACCUUUGGAGGGGCAUCCAAACCAGCACUUCUACCACAUUCUAUUUUGAAUUUGUCUUUUACUAUUUUGAUGGUACUGUUCUCCUUAGACCCCCGUCCAGUGGUUGACAUGGGCAGAUGCAUUGAUGUGUGUGUUUUUAUUGUUAUUAUUGGUCGUCAUGUAAGUCUGUUUGGGGAGGUGUGGAGAAGAGGGGAGGGCGAAAAAUCCCUCUUCUUGCUCUCCUUUCCCCAAACAUCUGUUUAGCACUUCCAUCAAUUAUCUCAUUGGAACUAAGUGUAUGAAGCUGGACGGAGGGAGGGGGGCUGCACAUGCAGCGCCUUGGGAGCAUUCCUCACUCAGCUAGGGAUACACAUGCAAGCAUAUGCUGAUGUGCUAGAUCGCGGCGCAUAUGCUUUCCAAAACAUACGCAUUUCCUGUCAGUGAUGAAGGGAGGGGAAACUGCGCCGGGACAUAAACUGCCCACGCGUCCCCUUUUGCCCCCAAAACGUCCCACCCUGCCCCCGGCACGCCCCCAGCCCCAACAUGUGACUGCAAUGGCAGCACCCAGGGCAAGCUGCCCCAGAUGUCCCCAUUGCAACUCUGCCUCUGCUUCCUCUAUCUGAACUUGCAACUUUGAUUUUUUAAAUUUCUCUCCGUCAGUAAAUGCUAAAUUUGCACAUAUGUGCCUGAGCACCCAUAAAUCCAAAUACAGUUGGUGCAAAGUGCAGGGGAGAAGGGGGGGGGUCUUUUAAGUUGGGGUUAUGAUGUGGUCUUGUUUCUGCCGAAGAAAGACAAAUGGAUAGGUACUCGAUAAGAAGGUGCAAAGGAGCAAAUUCGUCAUUAACUUUGGAAAAGAAAAGAAAAAGGUAUGAGAAUGAAGGCAGAAGAACAGGCAGUUCACAUGGGGGAAGAAUUCAGUUUAGUCCCGUUGUAAUGAAGUUCAGACCUCUUCACCAUCAGUAAAACAGAAUUAUCUGUUCCAUGGAAAAGGUUCCUAAACCUAGAUUUCCUUUGGAGGGGGUAAGCAUUUGUGCGAAAGAACUGGUCAAAGGGAUAGAAUUGAUUUAUCUUUUACACUUUCUGCCAGUUCACCCUCUUAAACUGCAUACACACACACAUCCUUUUUUUUUUAAUAUAAAUUGAUUUUUCUCUGUUCAGGUUCUGAGAAGCCCAGCCAUCGAGCAAAUGAGCUGGUGGUGAACAGGUAGAGUCGAGGUGCAACGUACACAUGGUAUCUUGCACGUGGUACCCAGCAGGUGACCCCUGUAUUAAUCAGCUAGCCCGUGUUUCAGAAGUACACAGCUAUACGUUCUGCAGGAGUUGGAAGACUUGGCUCUCUUUUUUAUGCACAGAGAGAGCUGUUGCACUCUGGUGUAAUCUCCCGGAAUGUUCUAGCUACAUUGUGCACUUGAUUAUGUGGAAAUCCUAGAUGCACCCAACUGCACUUUCAAAAAUCUGGUGUUAAAAUCUAACCUCACUAUUCACUCACUGCCCCCUUAGUGGUGGUGGGAGAUAUUUUAGUCUUUGAAGCCAACCCCACCCCAAAGUCUUCUCCUUUUGGUUUCCCCAAUUUAUGAUCCACAAAACUCAACCUGCCAGCCAUUCCUUGCGCACUUCCAGCUCCUUCCCUGGAAACAAUAAAGCUGGAGAUGUAAUAAAAUUCUUGAUAGGUUCUUUUGGAUUAAGAAGAAGAAGCGUUUGGAUUUAUAGCCCCUCCUUUCUCUUCUAUAAGGAGACUCAAAGGGGCUUACAAUCUCCUUUCCCUUCCCCCAUCACAACAAACACCCUGUGA